GAAAAGCGCUCAUUUCUUGCAUAGAUCUUCCGGGACUCCUGUUUUGGUGUUCUUUCUGUGUCUUACUGUAUUUUGAAUACUUUGCCAGGUUUGCAGCGUUUGUGAGCGCCAGUGGGACCUCGCAGCAGCUUUUAGACGAUUUCUCAGACGAACAAGCUCUUCUGAGCGGCUUUAGUCCGCAGCUGCGUCGUUCGGGACUGAAACUUGGCCUAAUUAACUUAGCGGAAGAGUUCAGAUCAGAAGCGUAGUCAGGCUGGCUGUGCGGCUUCGGGGGCUGACGGGAUGGCAGCGGUUGAAGUAACAGAGGGGUCAGUGAAGGUGGGCAUGUGCGGGCAGCCCCUGUUUUACCGACAGGCUCUCCCUCCCUCCGGAGAGGCGAGGCUCUGCGUUCUGCUGCUGCACGGCAUCCGGUUCUCCUCGGAGAACUGGCUCCAGAUCGGGACCCUCGGAGCGCUGGCCGCGGCCGGCUUCCGCGCUGUGGCUCUAGACUUACCAGGUCUCGGUCAGUCUAAAGCCGCAGAGGCUCCUGCUCCGGUGGGUGAGCUGGCCCCUGGUGAGUUUUUGAUGCAGGUGUGCGAGGGGCUGCAGACAGGGCCGGUGGUGGUGAUCAGCCCCUCUCUCAGUGGCAUGUACUCCCUGCCUUUCCUUUUCCAGCACACCCAGCAGGUGAAGGCCUACAUUCCUGUAGCGCCCAUCUGCACGGAUAAGUUCACGGCAGAGCAGUACAGCGGCGUACAGGUUCCGACUCUUAUUGUAUAUGGAGAUCAGGACACUCAGGUGGGUGAAGUGUCUCUACGUAACCUGAGUCACCUGCCCAAUCAAAAAGUGGUGGUAAUGAAGGGGGCGGGGCAUCCCUGUUACCUUGACGACCCGGGAACUUGGCAUAAAUCCAUCCUUGAUUUCUUGCAAACCUUAUUGUAGGUUAAUGAUCAGCAUGUCACUGUAGCUCGCUGAGCCGCAGAGAAUUACAUCAGAUUUCUACUGUCACGCUAAAUCAUAGUAUAAGGGAACUUUUUACGACGGAAUGAAGGUCUUUGACUUUAAUCUCUGUGAAGCCUAAUGUAAAUAUGGUAAUACAAUACACACCACAUCGGUAACGCUGAACCUUACCUUAACACAACAUUACAACAUAACAUUUUAUUAGUGUUGAAUAGUUUGAACACUAGCAGACAAGAUGCAGUGUGUACUGUGCAUUUAUGAUGCUCCACUAAUGAUCUCAAACUUGAUGCUGCGUGAACUGAAAUGGGCCUUCCGGCCUAAAACUACAGAUGACUAUGCUCAUCACUUUGACAGAAUUCAUGAUUUUAUAUCAUUUUCAUAUUUUUUUUACUGGGUUAUUCUACAGACACAUCCCCUUUAGUAGCGUUUAUAGAUAUAUUACACUUGAAAAACAUGUUAGAGUUCAUUUUUUGCAUUUUCCAAUAAAACAAUAUGUUGUUUUAACACUCACACCUUACUGAUCCACCAAUUUAACAAUAUUGGUUUUUAAAUCAAUCAUAGAUUUCAAGCACCACAGAAGUGCUUGUCCCCACAGCCAUGUGUAAAGGCUGAGGCCAUAUUUUGAAGAAAAAGACAUUUUUCUGCAAAUUUAACUACAGCAAGGUAUACAUGACUACAAAUUUAUGAAUUAUAAAUUAAAACAAUUUCUGAAUAAAUAUUAGAAGAUAUAUGAUGAAA